GUAUAAUUUCGUAUUCGAAAUCAGAAUCAAGUCAACACUUCUUGAGUGUGUCUAGUAGCGAUACAGCAAAUCCUUUUCUUCACUUCUCAAAUCCUUCUCCGCUUUAAUCAGCAAACAUGAAGUUCGUUGUUGCCGUAGUCAUGUUGGCUCUUGCCGCUGGUGUACACUCUUCUCUGCUGACCGCACAAAUUGCACCAGCUGUGUCAUAUGUGACCUCUUCUUUGGGCGGUGGUCCUUUGCUAGCACAGGGUGCUUGGGGAGGACCUUCCGCGUGGGGAGGUCCUACCGCGUGGGGCGGAUCAGCUGCCAUAACUGGAUUGGGUGGCGCUGGACUCGGUUUGUAUGGUGGAAUCCCCGGCAUCUCACUCAGCCAAGGACCUCUAGGUGCUGCCAUAGCUGCUCCAAUUGCCGCACCUAUUGCUGCCCCUCUUGCUUUGGGCCAUGGUGCUGGUGUGUAUGUGGCAAAGACCCGCGGUGCUAUUCAUACUGCUCCCUUAGCUGGACACGUCAACUCGGCGACUUCAUUGAACUUGGCACCAGCUCCUGGAACACACUAAUAUGGUUCAUGAUGUUUUAUAUUCAGAUCACCGCAUAUCCGUUCAUAUAUAAACCCAAGCAAAAAUAUGUAUGGUUGCAUGCUGUCAGCAGCUAUACUUAAUACAAAUUUGACGACAUGGAUGACAAAUGGAGGAUGCCACCGCACACACUGAUUAUGUAUAUUUUAGAGCGAGAUACAGAUUUCCGCCGUGUCUGUAGUUUCGUUUCCGAUAUCCCACAACCCACAUCCUAAUGCACUUACCGACAUUUUUAUGCAACAUAUGUUUAAGGCAUAUCUAUAUUUUUUAUGUAUAAUAAAUAAUAUAAUAUGUACAUAGUACACAUAUACAUACAUAUAGUUCAUUUUAAUUGCUUAGAUUAAUUUCAAAUUUCGAAAACAAAAAAAAAAUAGAUGAAUAGAUUUGUUCAUUUGUUGACAUUAAGGCAUAUAAUAUCCAAAAUCAUAUUUUAUAACUCCAAUGCAUCUUCAGUCUAUUUUUGUACAAUAAUUUUGAGAACUUAUGACAAACGUAAAGCCUUCUUCUAGCUUUGACCUUUCUGAAUUUUCUUCUCUAACUUUUUUCUUCUUUUAGAAGUUGUUGUUCUUAUUACAUUACAUAACCAUUUUUUUAAACUU